AUGGAAAAUCAACGGAUAACUAAAUAUGUAAAAUCAACUUCUUCUUUGAAUUUUAAACAAUCUUCUAAAUACAUCUAAUGUAAAAUAGAAUAACAUAUAAAAUAGAAUCAAAUUCUCUCAAUUAGAAACGAUCAGAAUAAAUAAUAAAGAAAGCUCUAUAAUAAAAUAUUCCAUUGAUACCUCUAAAGUAAAUAAGUAAUGUACUUCCAACAAGAGAAACUCCAAUUUUCAAAUAAAAUCAUGAUGAACGAUACUCUUAUACAAAGUAAUCAUUAAUUAAGAUAUCAUAUUAGAGAUGCCAAUUGUUUAAUAUCUAAAUUAGAUUCACUUAGAGAAAUCAAAUCAGCAGAUAGUCCAAUAAGAAGUCAUGUCUCUCCUGUACCAUCUACAUUAUAGAGUGUUAUUGUUCUUAAUCAAAAUAACGCUCCAAAAAUCUAACAGCUUUAACAAGUGGCUAGUUCUAGUUGUGUCGAACCUUUUAAGAUUUUUAACAAUAAUAAGAAUGCUACUCAUAGUUAAUAAUUAAGUUAAACACUUCCUUCAAAAAAAAAUUAUGAAACUAUGAUUGAAACAUUAAUGAAAGAAUAAGAAGUUUUAGUUAAAUAAUAUACCGAUUAAAUUAAACUUUUAGAAUAGAAAACAUAAGUAUUUUCAAAUGAAAAUAACAACUUAAUUUAAUAAAACAAAUAAUAUUUGGAAUAAAAUUCAUAGUUAAAUGAAGAAAUUAAUCACUUAAAAUCAAAAUAAACUUAAAUCAAUAGUUCUUAAUCAUAAUUAGAUACAUAGAUAACUAUAGAAUUUUUAGAGAAUUAAUUAGAUUAGAAAAAGAAUGAACUUAAUUAAUUGAUCUAAAAUAUGAAUGAAAUAGUUUCAAAUAAUUAGAAGAGUGAAGAAAGAAACUAUGAAUUAUCAUAAUAAAUUAAUACUAUUUUAGAAUAGAAAGAAAAAGAAAUUAAUGCUUAUUUUACCUAGAUUACUAUAUAUAAAUAAACAAUUUAAGAUCUUGAGUUAAAGAUUGCAUAAUUAAUUUAGAAUGAUUAAUCAUAAUAGAAAGCCUUGAAGGAGGCAUAGAAUAAAACAGUAAAUAUAGAAUAAUAAGAAAAAAUAAAAUAAAAUUUAUUGAAUUCAUAAUAGUAGUUAAAAGUAAAAUAUUUCAAAUUAAUUUAGAUUAAUGUAAAAGAAACUUUUGAAUACAAAUAAUUAGCCUUGGAAUUAGAUAGUAAAAAUGUUACAGUAACAGAAAAAGAAAACUAAAUUGAAACAUUAAAAAUUAAAAACUCAAUGAUUUAAUAGCAAUUAGCAUAAACAUAAGUUUGUUAAACUUCUCUAAAAGAAAAUUAAGAAGUUAUUAUAUAAUUAGAAAGAGAAAAUGAUAAUUUAAAAUAAAAUUUGAUAAGCAAAGAUGAAGAAAUUCAGAAAUUAAGUUAAUAAUUAAAAAUGGUAAGAAAGGAGAAAGCUAAAUUAUCAAUAAAUUUAAUGAAUGCAGGAAUGGCUAAUCUUGUUAUGUUAUCUUAAGGUCAAAUUUAAUAAGAAGAGAUUACAGCUUGA